GCUCCGGGUGGCGGCCAUGACAGCCCCCGCCUGCGCCCAGAUCCUGACAAAGCCAGAGACCGUUUACCAGAGGAGAAGCGCAGGGACCACCGAAGAGGCCGGGUGUCCCCCGGAGAUGGCUGUGUCGGAGCCCAGGGGCAGCACCGCGGGACCAGUAACAGUCAAAGAUGUGACUAUGGCCUUUACCAAGAAGGAAUGGGAGCAACUAGAUGCCACUCAGAGGAGCCUGUACAAGGAUGUGAUGCUGGAGAAUUAUAGCAACCUAGCCUCAACAGGGUGUCAAGCUCUCAAACCAGACAUGAUAUCCAAGUUGGGAAAAGGAGAAGAGCUGUGGCUGGGGAAAGGAAAAAAACCCAAACAAGGUGGUUUGAGUGAAAUAGCAAGACCCAAGGAAGUAGGAGCCAACAGAAAGGAAGUCCAGCAAGAUGAUGACCAGCUGGAGAACCACCAGGAAUCUCCAAACAAACUCCUUAGGGAAGUUGCAUUCAAGAAAAAAAAUCUGACUAAGAAAAAGGGCCAUGAAUGUAGUUCAUUGGAGAAAAAAAAUAUGAGUACAAAGCAUGUUCCCUCAAAAAAAAAGCUUCUUAAAUUUGAUUCAUAUGAAAAGAAUUUAGACUUACCUGGUCAUGUAAAAAACUAUGCAGAAAAGAAACGUGAUGUAGCUAAAGAGCACAGGAAAUCAUUCGGCCAUAGCUUAUCUGAUGCAAAGAAAGACAAAAGCCAGAUUGAAAAAAUACAUGAGAAGUUAUCCAACCGUAGCUCAUCUAAAAGGACUGACAAAAGUCAAACUGGCAAGAAACAUACUAAACGAGACAAACUUCAAACUGGAGAAAAACAUGAGAAAUUGUCCAGCCAUAGUUCGUCUCCUACUAAGCAUGACAAAACUCAGAAUAAAGUGAAACCGUAUGAAUGUAAUGAAUGUGGGAAGGUUCUCAGCCAUAAACAAGGACUUGUUGACCAUCAGAGAAUUCAUACUGGGGAGAAACCAUAUGAAUGUAAUGAGUGUGGAAUAGCCUUUAGCCAAAAAUCACACCUUGUUGUACACCAGAGAACUCACACUGGAGAAAAACCAUAUGAAUGUAGUCAGUGUGGCAAAGCCCAUGGUCAUAAACACGCCCUCACUGACCAUCUGAGAGUUCAUACUGGGGAAAAGCCCUAUAAAUGUACUGAAUGUGGAAAAACCUUCAGACAUAGCUCAAACCUUAUUCAACAUGCACGAUCUCAUACAGGCGAGAAGCCCUAUGAAUGCAAGGAAUGUGGAAAGUCCUUUAGGUAUAACUCAUCUCUUACUGAACAUGUGAGAACUCAUACAGGUGAAAUACCAUAUGAAUGUAAUGAAUGUGGAAAAGCCUUUAAGUAUAGUUCAUCCCUUACUAAACAUAUGAGAAUUCAUACAGGUGAGAAACCCUUUGAAUGUGGUGAAUGUAAGAAAGCUUUCAGCAAGAAGUCACACCUCACUAUACAUCAAAGAACUCAUACUAAAGAGAAACCCUAUAAAUGUAAUGAAUGUGGAAAAGCCUUUGGACAUAGCUCAUCUCUUACUUACCAUAUGAGAACUCAUACAGGUGAAAGUCCCUUUGAGUGUAAUCAGUGUGGGAAGGCCUUCAAACAAAUUGAAGGUCUUACUCAGCAUCAGAGAGUUCAUACUGGGGAGAAGCCCUAUGAAUGUAAUGAAUGUGGAAAAGCCUUUAGCCAAAAGUCACACCUCAUUGUACAUCAGAGAACUCAUACUGGCGAGAAACCCUAUGAAUGUAAUGAAUGUGGAAAAGCCUUCAAUGCAAAGUCACAACUUAUUAUACAUCAGAGAUCCCACACUGGGGAGAAACCUUAUGAAUGUAAUGAAUGUGGAAAAGCCUUCAAACAAAAUGCAUCCCUUACCAAACAUGUGAAAACUCAUUUAGAAGAGAAAUCUCAAGAUUGAAAUUAGUGUGGGAUGCAGUUCCUUGAUGGCUUCUUGGUGGGUUAAGGAUCCAGUGUUGUUACUGCUACAGCUGUGGUUUCUGC